UGUCCUACUAACCGCCAGGCAGGGCAAGUAGCCCAGUACAAAAAGUGCUACAGCGCACUGGCGCUCUCUCUCCCUAUGCAGUGAAUUUGCAAGGAGUUCUGAACACCUCCACCCCAUCACAUAGGUCUCUGAUUUGUGGGAAAUACACAGCAGUCAUGAAAUGGCACGGGAUGAGGAGAAGGCUACAGGGCAUAGAAUAACACCAUAUGGGAAGUAGGCUAGCACCUGACACUCGGCCCCUGUAUGGGAUAGCUUUUCUGGAGCAGACGCACAGACGAUCACGGCGAGAGUGCUGCUUGUAGCCAAAACAUGUUCCAUCUGAUCAAGAAAGACAAGGAGAAGUCCGCUGAGAAGGAUGGAGGGAAGAAGGACAAGAAAGAAAAGAAGGACAAGAAGGAGAGGAUGUCAGCGGCCGAGCUGAAGAGCCUGGAGGAGAUGGGCAUGAGGCGGGGGUUCUUCCACCUGCAUCGCGGGAGCUCCAAGCGCGACUCCAAGGGCAAGCUGGAGAUCUCCAGCCCCAUCCCCAUCAAGGUGGUCGGCAACACGGAGCUGAGUCUGAGCGGGGUGGACUACGAGCGGGCCCAGAGCCAGAGCUCGGGCCAGAUGAGUGCCAGCAGCUCCAGGGACGACCUGAAGAAGGACGCCUCGCAGGACGCGUCCAGUCGGGCCUCCUCGAUACGGGAUCGGGCGGCCAAGUUCGGGCCCUUGGCUAAGCAGAACUCCCAGGUGGGCCAGAUCAUGAAGCGGUUCUCCUUCUCCCAGAGGAGCAAAGAGGAGAGUCCGCCAGAGUCCACUGCUCAGUCGGGUCAGAACUCGGCCGCCGUGUCCCCCCAAGUGGAGGAUGGAGGAUACGAGCCUCACCCUCGAUCCAAGACACCUCGUCAGCCCGUCCGCAUUCCCGAUCUGGUCGAGAAGACGUUUGCCGCGGACCUGCGGCUGCCGGCGGUGGUGGUCCCUGAGGUUCCGGAACCCCGGGAACUGGAACUUCAGCGCCGCAAGACGGGCGACUUCGGCUUCUCGCUCCGCCGCACCACCAUGCUGGACCACCGGCCGGAUGGCUCCAUCUACCGGCGCGUGGUCCACUUCGCCGAGCCCGGCUCGGGCAGCAAGGACCUGGCGCUGGGGCUGGUGCCGGGGGACCGGCUGGUGGAGAUCAACGGCCAGAACGUGGAGAACAAGAACCGCGACGAGAUCGUGGAGAUGAUCCGUCAAUCGGGCGACGUGGUGCGUCUCAAGGUGCAGGCCAUGAUGGAGCUGAGAGAGCUGAGCAGCUGCUGGCUUAGGAACAUCGAGGGAGGGAGCAGGGACUCAUGCGAGGCGAAGCUGGAAGAGGAUCCCGUGGCCAUCCUGCAGGCCUCUCACCAGGCAGCUACUCAACCCAAGGUGAAGACGGAGGCGCAGAUCGCUGCGGAGAAGGCGUGGUACGGCACGGAGAAAGUAUGGCUCGUCCACAAGGAUGGCUUCUCCCUCGCCACCCUGCUGAAGACGGAGGCUGGCAGUCUGCCAGAGGGGAAAGUGAAGAUCCGGCUGGAGCAUGACGGCUCCCUGCUGGAUGUGGACGAGGACGACGUGGAGAAGGCCAACCCUCCAUCGCUCGACCGUGUGGAGGACCUGUCCUCGUUGCCCUACCUGAACGAGUCGAGUGUCAUGCACGCGCUGCGGCAGCGCUAUGGCGGGAACCUCAUGCACACGUACGCCGGACCCAACCUCCUGGUCAUCAACCCGGUCACCGCACCCGCCAUGUACUCCGAAAAGGUGAUGCAUAUGUUUAAGGGCUGUCGUCGUGAAGACACAGCGCCACACAUCUACGGCGUGGCGCAGUCGGCUUACCGCAACCUGUUGACCUCGCGCCAGGACCAGUCCAUCGUGCUACUGGGCAAGACAGGCAGCGGCAAGACCACCAACUGCCAACACCUGGUGCAGUACCUGGUGUCCAUGGCGGGCAGCUCGGGGAAAGCCUACUCCGGUGGGUCGAGACUGGCAAAGAAAACUCAACAGAACUCCUCAAAAAGCUCGACUGCGGAGAAGUGGCAGGCGGUCUACACCAUCCUGGAGGCCUUUGGGAACGGCUCCACAGCCAUGAACAGCAACGCUAGUCACUUCUCCCACAUCGUCUUCCUAGACUUUGACCAGGCCGGGCAGGUGGCCUCGGCCUCCAUCCAGACGAUGCUAUUGGAGAAGCUGCGUAUUGCCAGGCGACCAGAGGGCACGGCGGAGGGCACCUUUAAUGUGUUCUACUACAUGAUGGCUGGGGUAGACGGAUCUCUCAAGACGGAACUUCACUUUAACCACUUUGCAGAAAGCAGUGCCUUUGGAAUCAUGCCCCAAGCAAAGAGCGAUGAGAAGCAGAAGUCAGUGCAGCAGUUCACUAAGCUGCAGGCUGCCAUGAAGGUGCUGGGCAUCUCUGCUGACGAGCAGAAGGCCUUCUGGCUCAUCCUGGGGGCCAUCUAUCACCUGGGAGCCGCUGGCGCCACCAAAGAGACAGAGGAAGCCGGCCGUAAGCAGUUUGCCCGGCACGAGUGGGCCCAGAAGGCGGCCUACCUGCUGGGGGUGAGUCUGGAAGAGCUUUCCUCCUCCAUCUUCAAGCACCAGGCCAAAGGCUCCAACCCACGCCUCUCCGCCAUCCGCCAGGCCUCCGAGGACGCCGCUGACCCCUCAGGGCUGAAGGCCACAGCGAUGGAGUGUUUAGAGGCCAUGGCAUCGGCUCUGUACGCUGAACUCUUCACGGUCCUCGUCUCGCUCAUCAACAGAGCGCUGAAGUCCAGUCAGAACUCGCUGUGCUCGAUUCUGAUCGUGGACGUGCCUGGCUUCCAGAACCCUCGUCAGGCCAAGUGGGAGCGAGGCGCCACCUUUGAGGAGCUGUGCCACAACUACGCCCAGGAGCGGCUGCAGAUACUGUUCCACGAGCGCACCUUCGUCAAGGAGCUGGAGAGAUACAAGGAGGAGAACAUCGAGAUUACGUUGGACGACAUGGAGCCCAGCGCGUCGCUCUCUGUAGCAGCUGUGGACCAAGCGUCGAGCCAAGCCCUGGUGCGUACGCUGUCCAGGACGGAUGAGGCUCGUGGUCUGCUCUGGCUGAUGGAGGAGGAGGCCGUGCAGCCUGGGGGCACUGAGGACUCGCUACUGGACAGACUCUUCAGCUACUACGGGCCCGCCGAGGGACAGACUAAAGGCCACACGGUGCUCCUGAAGAGCGAGCGCGCGCAUCACUUCUUGUUGGGCCAUAGCCAUGGCACUGAUUGGGUGGAGUACGACGCCCGCGGCUGGCUGGGCCACGCCAAGCACAACCCUGCCAGCCAGAACGCAGCCGGACUCCUUCAGAACUCUCAGAAGAAGAACAUCAGUGGUCUUUUCAUCGGGCGCUCAGCGGGCACCACGGUGCUGGCGGGGUCCAUCGCGGGGCUGGAGGGCGGCUCCCAGCUGGCUCUGCGCCGGGCCACCAGCAUGAGGAAGUCCUUCACCACCGGCGUUGCCGCUGUCAAGAAGAAGUCCCUCUGCAUCCAGAUCAAACUGCAAGUGGACGCCUUGCUGGACACGGUGAAGAGGUCGCGGGUGCACUUCGUGCACUGCCUGCUGCCCAAAGUGGACGCCCUCCAGGGAGCGGAGACACCCGACUCGGGCCUCAUGCAGCUGGACGUGAGCCUGCUCAGGGCCCAGCUCCGAGGCUCCAAGCUGCUGGACGCCAUGAGGAUCUACCGCCAAGGCUUCCCUGAUCAUAUGGUGUUUGCGGAGUUCCGUCGCAAGUUUGAUGUGUUGGCGCCUCACCUGGGGAAGAAGCUGGGCCGCAACUACAUCGUCAAGGAUGAGAAAAGAGCUGCGGAGGAGCUGCUGGAGUCCCUGGACCUGGAGAAGAACAGCUAUCACAUGGGCUUAAGCAGGAUUUUCUUCCGGGCCGGAAUGCUGGCUAAGCUAGAGGAGCAGCGGGAUGAGCAGACCAGACGCAACAUCACCCUCUUCCAGGCGGCCUGCAGGGGAUACCUGGCCAGACAGGCCUUCAAGAAGAGGAAGAUCCAGGACCUGGCCAUCCGCUGCGUCCAGAAGAACAUUAAGAAGAGCCGUAAUGUGAAGGGCUGGCCGUGGUGGAAGCUCUUCACCACCGUGCGUCCGCUCAUCGAGGUGCAGCUGACUGAGGAGCAGAUCAGAGGCAAAGACGACGAGAUCCAGCAGUUGAAGGGGAGGCUUGAGAAGGUGGAGAAGGAGAGAAACGAGCUCCGUCUCAACGGUGACCGACUGGAGAGCAGGAUCACUGAGCUGUCUGCAGAGCUGGCUGAUGAGAGGAACACUGGAGAGUCGGCAUCUCAGAUGCUCGAGACGGAGACAGCAGAGAGACUACGUCUGGAGAAGGAUAUGAAAGACAUGCAGUCGAAGUUUGAAGCCAUGAAGAAGCAGAUGGAGUCCAUGGAGAUGGAGGUGAUGGAGGCGCGACUUCUGCGGGCGUCCGAGCUCAACGGAGACCUUGACGACGACGAUGACGACGCUGGAGGAGAGUGGAGGCUAAAGUACGAGAGAGCCAUCCGUGAGAGCGAUUUCACCAAAAAGCGCCUGCAGCAGGAGUUUGACGACAAGCUGGAGACGGAGAAAACAAGCAAGAGACAGCUGGAGAGGAGGCUGGCAGACCUACAGGCGGACCAGGACGAGUCGCAGCGCUCGCUGCAGCAGAUGAAGAAGAAGUGCCAGCGGCUGGGCGCCGAGCUGCAGGACACCAAGCUGCACCUGGAGGGACAGCAGAGCCGCAACCAUGACCUGGAGAAGAAGCAGCGCAAGUUUGACCUGGAGCAGACCCAGACUCAUGAUGAGGUCCAGCGGGAGCGGAUGAUUCGGGACAAACUGAGCCGAGAGAAGGACAUGCUGACCGGCGAGGUUUUCACACUCCGACAGCAGUUCCAGGAUAAGGACAUGGAGCUGUGUGCAGCCAACCUGAAGGUGGAGCAGCUGGAGGCCGAGCUGCAGGACCUGUCGUCCCAGGAGUCCAAGGACGAGGCCUCGCUGGCCAAGAUCAAGAAACAGCUGCGCGACCUUGAGGCCAAGGUUAAGGACCAGGAGGAGGAGCUGGAUGAACAGGCUGGCUCCAUCCAGAUGCUCGAGCAGGCUAAGCUGCGUUUGGAGAUGGAGAUGGAGAGACUGCGCCAGCAGCACUCUAAAGAGAUUGAGGGCAAGGAUGAGGAGGUGGAGGAGAUUCGGCAGUCCUGCAGUAAGAAGCUGAAGCAGAUGGAGGUCCAGCUGGAGGAGGAGUACGACGACAAGCAGAAGGUCCUGAGGGAACGCAGGGACCUGGAGGCCAAGCUGAUCAACGCCCAGGACCAGGUGAGCCACAGAGACGUGGAGACGGAGAAGCGUCUGAAGAAGGACCUGAAGCGCACCAAGGUGCUGCUGGCCGACGCCCAGAUCAUGCUGGACCACCUGAAGAACAACGCCCCCAGCAAGAGGGAGAUCUCCCAGCUCAAGAACCAGCUGGAGGAGUCAGAGUUCACAUGUGCAGCUGCGGUGAAGGCCCGGAAGUCCAUGGAGCUGGAGAUUGAGGACCUGCACAUCCAGAUGGAGGACAUCUCCAAGGCCAAGAUGUCGCUGGAUGAACAGUUGAGUCGUCUGCAGAAGGAGAAGAAUGACCUGCAGUCACGUCAGGAGGAGGAUCAGGAGGAGAUGAAUGAGCUCAUGAAGAAGCACAAGGCUGCCGUCUCUCAGUCUGCGCGGGACCUGGCCCAGAUCAGUGACCUGCAGGCCCAGAUGGAGGAGCUCAUGAAGGAGAAGCAGGAGAUCCAGGAGAAGGUGCAGUCCCUGCAGAGCCAGCUGGAGUUUCAGGAGCAGUCGAUGGUGGAGAAGUCUCUGGUCAGCCGGCAGGAGGCCAAGAUCCGCGAGCUGGACACCAAGCUGGAGUACGAGCGCACACAGAUCAAGCGCCUGGAGGGCCUGGUGACGCGUCUGAAGGAGAACCUGGAGAAGGUGGUGGAGGAACGUGACCACCGGGUGGCUGGGGAGAACCGGGAGAAGGAGCAGAACAAGCGCAUGCAGCGCCAGGUGCGCGACCUGAAGGAGGAGAUGGCCGAGCUGUCCAAGAAAGAGGGCGAGGCCAGCCGCAAGAAGCACGAACUGGAAAUGGACAUUGAGAGUCUGGAGGCAGCCAAUCAGAGCCUGCAGGCUGACCUCAAGUUGGCCUUCAAGAGGAUCGGAGACCUGCAGGCCGCCAUCGAGGACGACAUGGCGAGCGACGAUAACGAUGACCUCAUCAGCAGUUUACAAGACAUGGUGACAAAGUAUCAGAAAAGAAAGAACAAAACCGGAGAUGACUCAGACAUGGACUCGGAAGUGGAGGACCGCGUGGACGGGGUUAAGUCGUGGCUGUCCAAGAAUAAAGGCUCCACAAAGACCCUGUCGGACGAGGGCAGUCUGAAAGGCUCCAGAUAUGCUGUUAAUGUGGACGCUAAGGAAGGGAAAGAGGGCCUUGAAGGUAAGGAGGGGACGGAGUCCAUGAAGGAGGCCAAAGAGCUGGACCGCUCGGCGACCGUCAUGAGCUCUCUGAGCUACAGGAAGCGCUCCAACCUGAAGGACUCCAUCGGGGGCACGGGCGACGAGAGCUCCCUCUUCAGCACCCUGAAGGAUCAGUCGGACACGAUUGACCGCUCCUCGCUGCGCAAGGCCAAGUCCAAGCCUGACAAGCCUGGCGACGACAUGGACGACCGAGGCUCGGUCAUCUCACAGGCGUACUCGGAGGCGACCAGCCGGGCGAGGAAGGGCCUGGACCGGCGCUGGACGUCACGAAGCAGCCCAGAGUUCGAUAAGGAGUCCAGCGUGUCGUCGCUGGGCCCGAGCCGCAUGUCGACGCGCCGCGGGAUGGACCAGGACGAUGACGACGACGACGACGUGAAGUCGAGCGUGAGCGGCUACAGCGUGCGGCGGAGCGGCUCCUGGAUGGACGAUAGCCCCACGCUGAGCCGCAGGGCCGGCACCGGCACCGGCUCUCGCAGCCCUGGGAGCGUCAGCCUCGCCGAUUCCCGCAUCUCUCUCGCACGCAGCAGCCGUCUGAGCGAGUUUGGCCUCCGCCUGGACGACGACGACGACGACCGCAUGAGCGUGGCGUACAGCGAGGGAGGAGUGUCCUCGGUCCGCUCGCUGGGCCGCAGCCUCUCCACGCCGGGCCGCUCCUCCGAAGACGCUGCCUCCACAGCGGCGGGCGACACCGGCGACGUCAAGUCUGUCAGCCACCGCAACUACCUGGACCCCGAUCUGGAGAAGGCCAUCAACGAGGUGCUGAGCUUCAAGCCAAUCAAAUUCAAGCGCCGGAGCCUGAAGGACUCUGACGGCGAGGAGGAGAACGAGGACGGAGCGGCGGACGCGGACGAGUGUCUGGGCCGCAGCAUGUCCAGCGUGCGUCGCUCGGCUUCGGGCUCGGCGCUGGACUACGGCCGGCCCUCCAGCACCAUGAGCUCGCGCAGCGGCUGCCACAAGGCCAAGAAGAAGAGCCGCGCGUCCGAGUCGGAGAGCUCCUCCGAGGAUGACCGUCACCACCGCCGCGGCGGCGGAGGCUCGCGGAGGAAGGGCAAGAAGUCGUCCAGGAAGAGCUCCAGGAAAAGCAAGUCGUCCUCCGAGUCGGAAUCGUCAGAGUCCAGCUCGUCCAGCGCCUGUUCCGCCGUCUCGUACCGAAGUUCCAGCAGUGUGAAGAAGGGACCUGGUCGCAGAGGCGACGAGUCGCAUGUGGACGGACCGGACGACGCUGCUCCCGAACGCCCACUGAGUAAGAAGGAGGAGAAGAAGAAGCAGAAGAAGAUGGACAACAUAGUGAUGAAGUACCUGUACAAGCCAGAUAGUGACUAAGGAAACGCUAGAUCAGAGCCCCCCGCUGUAUCGCAGGCAUUUUUCUACCCCCCGUGCUGACGAUGACAUCACAGAGGAGGAACCCCCCAGUGCUGAGCCCUCCCAACAGACCCUCCUCCACGACGGUGACCACGACCCCGACAAGCCCUCAGAGAC